AUGGCCAUGAUUCCUGACACUGGCCUUGUCGUGUCUGUCCUUGGGGCAGGACCAGAAGUCUCGAGUGUUUGGGCGCAGCUCGCGACUCUCAAUAUCGUCGAGGCGCUGAUACCAGCCAUGGACAUGGCAGCUCGUGACGAAUCUAAAGCUCGUUUUGCUGGACAGUAUGUCGAUAAAAGGACUGGUUCUGCACUUACUCUCUCAUUGGAUAAAGGGCCUGGUCUCGUCUUGAGCAAAUGGACUGCCCGAGGCUUUGACAUCCUUCCCAACUUGAACCGAUUUCAACCCGGACGAUUUAACAAUACUACCGAUCCAGCCAUCAACACCAUACGCUUGUAUCCUACUGGUAUUGAGAACAAGUCUCGCGCCGCACGGAGAGCUGUGUUUCCGACACUCAGUGGUACUGAGGCUGACAUGAUUGAAGGCUUGACCAAGGUCAAGGAUGUGACGUGUAUUACUUGGCAUAUGCUCGAUCGCUUCAUUUACAAUGGAAUUUCAAUGGAUCACUUUGAGUUUAAGUAUGGCAAGGAUGGGAAGGCUGCCAGUAUCAAGUCAAAGGCGUUUGAUGUUGAGAUGAAAAGAGCGGAUAAGAAAGCUUAA